GAGCUGGCCAAGUGGAUGGGCAUGGAGAACCUGGUGGCCUGGGAGGCGCGCGGCGCCGACUCGCUGCGGCGCUUCCAGGGGCUGCUGCUCGACCGCCGCGGGCUGCUGCACGGCCAGGUGCUGCGCCUGCGCGAGGUGGCGCGGCGCCUCGAGCGCCUCCGCCGACGUUCCCUGGCGGCCAACGUGGCAGGCAGCUCGCUGAGCGCCGCGGGCGCUGUCACCGCCAUCGUGGGCCUCUCACUCAGCCCCAUCACGCUCGGGGCCUCGCUGCUGGCCUCCGCUGUGGGGCUGGGGGUGGCCACCGCCGGCGGGGCCGUCACCAUCACUUCCGACCUCUCCUUGGUCUUCUGCAACUCUCGGGAGCUGCGCAGGGUGCAAGAGAUCGCGGCCACCUGCCAGGACCAGAUGCGCGAGAUCCUGAGCUGCCUGGAGUUCUUCUGCCGCUGGCAGGGCUGCGGGGACCGCCAGCUGCUGCAGUGCGGGCGGAACGCCUCCAUCGCCCUGUACAACUCGGUCUAUUUCAUUGUCUUCUUUGGCUCCAGUGGCUUCCUCAUCCCCAGGCGGGCCGAGGGGGCUACCAAGGUUAGCCAGGCCGUGCUGAAGGCCAAGAUUCAGAAAUUGGCCGAGAGCCUGGAGUCCUGCACCGGGGCCCUGGACGAACUCAGUGAGCAGCUGGAGUCCAGGGUCAGGCUCUGCACGAAAUCCAGCCGUGGCCUAGACCUCCAGAUCUCUACUGACCAGCCUGCAGGACUCUGUUUCUGAGAACAUCCUUUCCUCUCGGGACUACGGCCAGAAACCACCCCCAUGGGAUGCUUCGGAUUUAUAGCCCCUCGGGAAAACACCAAGUUGGGCCAGGAUCUGAAUGCCAUGGAUGAAAAAAAAAAAAGGGGGGGGGGGCGUGUUAAACACCAUCACCAAAACUGAUUUUUCAAGUGGGCAGGCCCUGAGUCCUUUUCCUAUCACUGGGACAUCCUGCCUGGGGUUGAAGGCUCAGGACAUUCCACUUGCAAUGAUCCUAGUGGGGUAUGUGCCCUGAAUCUUGUUUUUCCUUUAGCAAAACCUUUCACGUGUCACACUGCUAAACCCAGGUAGCUGGCCACACCAGCUGUAGAGUUGAGGCGUCUGGCCCUGUGGUAGUGGUUUGAGCUGAGACUGGAGAGGGUAGAGACAGUGGGUCCUCUCCCUGCAGGCUCUUACAUUCCUGUGAGAGAUUAUGUUCCUUUAAAAACUCCCUUCCAGAGUUUUUGUGUACAACGAAAACAACAACAAAACAAACCAACAGAAACUACAGGGCAGGGUGGAACUCCCCCCUGUGAGUU